AAGUGGCAACGGUAAAAUCGUGAUGGUUUUUUUACACGGACUACUUAGUUAAUUAUCGCGACCCAUCUGGUGUUGGGUGUAUUUGUUUGUGUACACCGUCGGCGGCGCGAGAUAACGUUUGAAAAUUAUUGUUAUACAUUUUUAUACAUCAACACCGAGUGUUGUUUCAAUCCAUCGCAUUCAACCGAUCAACAUGCAUGUAGUUCUUAUGCAAAGCGAGUGUAGAUAUUUCCUCGGUUCUUUUUGUUCAGUGGGCUAAAUCAAAAUACAAUUUUAAUUUUUUUAUCUACCGUUUAUUAUUAUUUUUAUUUUUAUAUUCAAUUCGGUUUAGCCAAGUCAAUACGGAACUUGAUGCAUAUUCAACGGUCAAAAAGUAGUUGACAAUGGUUUAUCGGACACUGCCCGUAGUUGUCAGAGCGUUGCGACUUACAGUCUUUGUUUUUGCUAGUAUUCAAUAUACACUCUGCUUAAAAACUGAUGAAAUUGCUCCAGAUUUCAAUAGUCACACGUUUAUCGAACCGAAAUUGAUUCAUGCGAGACACAAAAGGGAAAUUGAAUCGACAAGAAUAAGCUCGGAUGGUCUGGAACAUGUCCACGACAUCACGUUGCAUUUUGUUGACGACGGAAAAGACUAUAUUCUCGAUCUCAGUCUCAACAGUGAUCUUAUACCGGCCAAAUAUUUCGAAAAACACCAACACAACGGGACAUACGUGGUGAACAAGCCGAACGCCAAUGAAAUCGAGUUGUGUCACUACAAUGGCAAAGUACGCGGUUUGCCCGACUCUUGGGCGGCCAUUUCCACUUGCGACGGCAUUAGAGGAAUGUUUUCGGACGGGCAAUCAUUCCAUUACAUCGAAAACAUUAGCCCAGAUUUCGGUGAUAAAUAUCACGUGCUGUACAAACACAACGAUUACAACAGUAAUCGUAAUUGCGGUUUUACGGAUUCGCCGCAAGAAAUCAAUCAAAAUACAACUAAACGCUGGAAAAGAGACACCAAGAAGGCCGUUAGAGGACCGUACAACGAAAACGACAAUUCGCGGUACAUCGAGCUGGUGCUGGUCAUCGACCAAGAGGAAUACAAGGCGUAUAACAGCAACUUGUCGGAAGUGCACAAGCACGCCAAAGACAUUGCCAACAUCAUCAAUUCGCUGUACAUGCCGUUGAACCUGUUCGUCGCGUUGGUCGGCGUAGUCGUGUGGACCGAUUACAACGAAAUCACAGUGGCCCGAAACGGCGACACUACUCUGACCAACUUUUUGCACUAUCGUCGCGAACACCUGGUCAAGGAACAUCCCAACGACAACGCUCAACUGCUCACCAACGUACAAUUCGAACACGGAAUCGUCGGCAAAGGUUUAAAAGGACCGAUUUGCACGUUCGAGUACAGCGGCGGCGUCAAUAGCGACCAUAGUUCCGUGGUGGGUCUAGUGGCCACCACGAUAGCCCACGAAAUGGGUCACAACUUGGGUAUGGAACACGACACGGACACCUGCGACUGUCCGGACGAGCGAUGCGUGAUGGCACCGUCUUCGGGUUCCAUGAGUCCGACGCAUUGGAGCUCUUGCAGUAUGGAAUAUCUGGCUUUUGCGUUCCAACGCGGCAUGGACUAUUGUUUGAGAAACAAACCGGAAAAGCUGUUCGAAAGUCCGGUGUGCGGAAACAAUUUCGUGGAACCCGGAGAGCAGUGCGAUUGCGGUUUGAAGGAAAACUGUAAAAAUCCUUGCUGUAACCCCGAAACGUGCAUGCUUUUCGCUAACGCCACUUGCGCCACUGGAAAAUGCUGUGAUUUAAACACUUGCCGUCCGAGGCCUGCGGGCGUUGAAUGUCGAGCGGCACCGCACGAAUGUGAUCUACCCGAAUACUGCGACGGCGACUCCGAAUACUGCCCGGACAACGUUUACAAAAUCGACGGAUCUACCUGUGACAAUACAAAUGCGUACUGCUAUCAGGGAACUUGUCGUUCGCACACGGACCAGUGUCGCCUACUGUGGGGUCCGACGGGAUUGUCGUCGCCGAUCCAGUGUUACAAGAUGAAUAACAAGGGGACGAAACAGGGUAACUGCGGUUACAACCGGUUGAACAAAACGUUUUCAAAAUGCGAAAACAACGAUAUUUUUUGUGGCAUGUUACACUGUAUACACGCGAACGAGAAAUUGGAAUUUGGUAUGGAAACGGUGGCUUUAAUUUCGCAUUCGUACAUCAACAGCCCUACGGGAGGGCUUAUACCCUGCAGGACGGCUAUCGUCGACUUGGGACUCAACAAUGUCGAUCCCGGUCUGACGCCAGAUGGUGCCAAAUGUGGAGAAAAUAUGAUGUGUGUGAAUCAAAAAUGCAUGGCCGUGGCUGACGUUAGAGCCCAGAACAAACAGUGUCCGUUCAAUUGCCAUGGAAACGGCAUUUGCAACAGCAAAGGAAACUGCCAUUGUAGGGCCGGAUACGCUCCGCCUUAUUGCGAUCAACCCGGACCCGGAGGAAGCGAUGACUCAGGCCCGGCGUCCAGUCCGAACACCUCAAAGGGAGUUGUGACGGGAUUGUACGUGCUCACCUUAGGCACUAUACCGCUAUUGCUGGCCGUUGUGUUGUUCGCUUACUGUUCCAAACGACAGCGGGCCCCGAUCGAUUGGAAUAAGAGUAGCCGGAAGAAGUUACCUACUGAUCCGGAAGUUGGUAGCAAGAAGCCGAACGGAACAGUUUCGCCUUCGAGCACGCCACUCGUGAACGAUCAAUCGGUGUUCCGAAACGAUUUUCUUGGAAACUACAAAGGUUUUACCAUCAAACCGUUGGCGCCUCCUCCGCCAAAACCGAUUAUUACGCCUUCGCUGACGCCCGUCCGACCGGCACCGACAGCGCCUUCACUCAAGCCAGCGACGAGUGAAAAACUUCAAAUUGGCCUUCCCGUGUUGGACGCCACCACUUCGUCGGCCGUACGCCAGUUGGUGUCUAUGCCGUUGAAGCCGGCCCCGUCCGUUCCCAGUCCGGGCCGUAGGCCAUCGUCGGCGGCUGCCGUACACGUGGACACCAAAGCGGCGGGCGGCAGUGGGGGUUACCCCACGUUGCGCAGGAUCACGUCGUUCAUGAAAAAUCAUAAACCUGACGAGAAAAAGUCGGCGCCGCCGGCGGUCAAAGCCAACGCCAAAUUUAACAAGGAACUGUUGAAAAACUUAGAAAUAUCGCAGCCCAUACUACAGAACGAAAUCAACGUGCCCUCCGAAUCACUGCCAUUGGAGGCAGACCAGCAUAAGGCGGUCGUCCUGAGAGCUCAGAGUUUGCGUUACAACGCCGCGAAGCAGAGACCGUCCAUUCCCAACUUCGGGUCGAUGCGGUCGUCGAAGAGGCCUGCCAGCGUGGUAACGGUUCGGCCCUCGGCGCCACCGCCCCAACCGCCUCCGGCCUCCAACGGCGAGUACCAGGUGCCAUCCAACAGAACCUGCGCGGACGAAGGACACGGCGAGAACAUCUACUCGGUAAUCGACGAGACUGCGCUACCACCUACGCAGGCCGAAGAGAACGUGUACAAGGUCCCCAGACCGUUGGAGAGCUCGCUGCUUGGCGAAAUCGUGUCGGCCAUACAAGAACGCAACCAAGAGUCGAUAUACACCAGCAAGGCCGACGGCGACCAUAACCAGCUGUACGAGAACACCAGACGGCCAGCGAAAUCCAACUUCGUCGGUACCGUCAACCAACCGCCGAAUGUCGUUUACAACCGACCGGAUUUAGUAAAAAAUUGCGACGACAACCGUUACGCGAUAAACCGCUCACCGGACGUGCUGGACGCCAAGCCAGUGGACAAACCGGCCAUAAUCAAACCCAAACCCGUAGUGGCGGUGGCCGCUAAACCGACAACGGCCACGGCCACGGUCGGGCUGAAGAAAAAGCUCAACGAAAGGCCGUCGAAGGUGGCGAGCAUGCAGCAGAAAUUCGAAAACGGAAAUGUCGCCAAAAUGCAAAAUGGCCCAAAAGCGCCUACUGCCAAAAUUAUCCGUACCGCUGGCAACAGGUAGCGAGCGUGCGCCCAAUUAGUCAAUUAGCUACUUGUUCACUGUUAGUUGUUACCGAUGGUAGUUAAUGUAAGUCCAUUUGGUUCAUAAAAAAAAUAUAUAUCUGUCCAUAUAUUAUGGUAAAUACGACUGUUCAUUAAGCGAUCAUUAUUAUGAUUUUUUUUACAUCUAUGGAAUUAUUAUACAUAACAUGUGGUGCUUAUAAUUAUUAUUUUCAAUUUAAUUUCGGAAUAUUAUGUAACUAUAGCGUGUGUUGUAAAUAACUAGGUGUACAUAAUAUUUAUGGUAUAAUUUACACGUUUAAAAAAAAAAAUUAAUUGUUUUGACACGACAAUAUAAUGUCAAAAAGAAAAAAUGUGAUAAAAUUCAAAAAUUUAUUUUUUAUUGUUUUGUGUUCAAUAUAAGUGUUAGUUCCUUCGACAAGUACGGUAAACAUUGGCUUUACACUAACACGUUAUUGUUUUAUUUAUUUUUAUUUUUAAGUUCUAGUAUUCUUUAGUCGUUUCAAAUCCAACGACCGAACAGUAGUCUCAUUAUAUAUGUUUAUCUCAUAAUCGCUUCAUCGCUUUAAUCUCGUAUUCACUAAAACGCUUCCAUAAAUUUACUAUAAUACUAGUCAUUAUUUUUAUUACGAAAUUGCAUUUAUUUUAAAUGUACCAAGUGUUCAUUUUUUAUACAAAUAUGAUUUGAUUUUUUAUCACUUUCCUUGGACAGUUAAACCGGGGUACUUUUUUUGUACAAUUUUACAUGCUGUUUUAUGCAAUACUUUUUUAGAUAAACAUACAUAUUUGUACUUUUUGCAAUGUUAACAAGACGUUCUGAGGGAAAUGGAAUUUUUUUAAAAAAGACACUUAAAGAAUAGUUUUAUUAAUUACGCCAAACGCUCACGUUCCUUAUAGUUUAUUAAUUAUUAUUUAUUAUGAUUUUUAUAUUUGUACAUUUUUUAUAAAUAUUAUUAUUAUUAUUAUUAUUAUGUAUGUAUAAUUUUAUUAUACCAAGUAACCUAAAGAUAUUUAUGUUAUUUUAUGUGUUAUGAAAUUUA